CUCGUGCGCCCCGGCUCCGCAGCGCGUCUCGGACCCGGUUGGGGGCCGCCCGGGGGCUGGCGGGGGCGAGCGCGGCCUUGGCGCAGCGUGGGGACACCGGAGACUGGGCUCGUGCCCCUGAGUCCCGGGUCCCAUCCAGGGGGCGGUACCGGCGGAGGAUCCCUUUCUGCGCGCGUCGCUGCGGCUCUUCCACCCACUGUUGCGAAGGGACGUUUUAUGGGUAAAAUUGAAAAGUUCCGAGGCACAAUCCCAAGUCUGCGGAAUGUAAAUGGCCAAGGCAGCUCUAAAAUUUAUACAGAAAUGCAAAGGUCCGAGAAUAACUAAAGCAAUCUGGAAGAAGAAAGUUGGAACACAACACUAGCAGAUGUCAAGACCUAUAAAAGUUACAGUAUUUAAGAAUUGCUUGAUCCUGAACAUCUUGUGAGACGACAUGGCAAAGGACGGUCAACCGCACACAGCACAAUGGCUGAGAAAAGGAGAGAGAAUAGGCUCCAUGCCCAACAUGGGACUUGAACUCAUGGCCCUGAGAUCAAGAGUCGCAUGCUCUACUGACUGAGCCAGCCAGCUGCCCUUAGUAUGCAAUUUUAAUUCAUUGUUGAUUACUUUUAGUAUUUUUGUAAAAAGAUUUUGUUAAAAGUAAUCUCUGCACCCAAUGUGGAGCGUGAACCUAUGAUCUCAAGAUCAAGAGUCACAUGCUCCACCGACUGAGAAGGCCAGGCACCCCUACUUUUAGUAUUUUUUAAAGUUAUUUUCUUGGCAUUUGCUUUUGGGAUUAUAAUGUGCAUCUUAAAAAAAACUUUGCUUCAGCUCAGUACUAAUUUAAUCCUGGUAAAAUAAUGAAAAUUUGCUUUAAUGUAGUUCUAUUCUCCAUCCCCUCCUUCAUGCUUUUAUUCUUGUAAACCCAACAAUAUAGUGUUAUAAUUGUUAUUUUACAUAAUCUUAUAUUUUUAAAUCUGUUAAGAGAAAAAAUGCAUGUAUGGUUUUGAUAAUUCCUUAUGUAAGUAACUGUAUAGAAAAUUUUCACUGCUUUCUGUUGAUUUGAAUUACCAUCCAGUGCCAUUCCCCUAUAGGCUGAAGGAUAGUAUGUCUUGUAAUAGACAGACUCUCCUGCCUCUGGGAAAUCACUUUCACUGACAACGAUCCUGGGUGUCUUCACCCAUUGCUCCAAACUGGGUGAGCCAGUUUGGCAACAGAGAAGGCAAUAGAGAAGCUGCUGGUCCUCAUGGACUUCCCUCCCUCGUAGAGCCCCAUGUUGAUGGCAUAGGUGGAGUCAGCCCCAUAGUAGAACUCCAUAGAGCUUCACAAAGUCCAGCAAGUACUCAAGCAUAAACACACCUUGGAUUGUUGUAUGCAUUUGGUCAGUUUCCAGAGUGCUGAAAUGGUUGUUUUAGGGCAGUUCCAUCCCAUAUUUCCAGUUGCUUCUAGGGAAGAGAAUUUGACAGUCUCUUCACUCAACUGUUACCAGAAAUCGUGCCUCAAUCACUAUCCUUCCCAACAUUUUUGUAAUUAAUUCCUUGAACCAAAUUCCCUCCAUUUACAAAAAAUUUUUUAGAGAGAGAAAAAAAUAUUUUUGAGAGAGAGAGAGAGAGAGACAGAGCAUGAAUGGGGACGGGGGGCAGAGAGAGAGGGAGACACAGAAUCUAGAACAGGUUCCAGGCUCCAGAGCUUCGAGACAGAGCCUGACGCAGGGCUCAAACUCACAAACUGUGAGAUCAUGACCUGAGCUGAGGUCGGACACUUAACCAAUUGAGCCACUCAGGCAACCCCAGAUUCCGUCCAUUUUAAAUACCUAGAGUCAUUUCUGUUUUCUUGACCAGACACAACUCAGACACUGUAAUCCUUAGAAACUUACUGAAAGUCCGGAGAUGGCUAAUAAUCUGAAUAGGAAAUCGUUCUCAAAGAUUUGGCACCAUUCAUACACCCCAGUCUUCAGCUUCCUCACUAAUGAAGUGAAACUUUUCAUAACAAGUUGUUCCAUGAAAUAAGUGAGUUGAUGUGUGGAAAACAUCUGAAACACAGUACACACCUAAUAUGAAUUAAAGUCUAUUUUUCCUGUAGCUGAAGCCCCAUUCCUUUUAUUGUUCUCAAGAAACUGCCAGAAUAUUCCCUCAACAAACCCUUGUGAAAACCCACAUGAGGGAACUAGAAAGAAGCCAAGUUAAUUAAACUGCUCAAUGAUUCAUCGUCUGCCUUUCAUUAGCCCUGGAGCCAGAUUUCCUUUUCAUUCCCCACAACAAAACUGCCUGAAGACUCAAAGUUGAAUCUGAUUUUUAUGACUGGAUUGAUUAGAACAGUUCACUUUUCCUCAUAGUUUAGUUCUUAUUCUUUUGAAUAAGCAUGACUUUAAAUACUGCAGGAACAGCAGAUCUUCCAUAGCUCCAUGUAUAAAUUACGAUGUUUGUCAGCAAUCCUGCCUGUGACGUCAGUAGCAGAGUCAGCUAACAGUUGCUGGCCGAUGCCACGGUCUUGAGCUGUCGCGUGGAUGUAAAUAGAUUCCUGCUGCUGGUUAAAAACAAAAGACAAAAAACUGGAUUCCUUACAUCUAGAGUGAAUUCAGUGGUCUACUGUUUGCCUUAGAGAGUGGGAAGUAUCGUCUCGUAAAGGUAAGCAAAAACCUUCAUCUUCCCCCCUCCCCCACCGCCUUGUUGGUUCUCUAUGGGAAGCUACACUCUUGGAAUUAUCGAUCAAACAUUUCAGCAUUGCAAUUUUGUCCAUUCACCCAUACGAUGCUUGAAAUUUCCAUAUGGUAUCCUCCGCUUGUCAUUCAGCCUUGUAUACAUCCAGGGGAAGGAAGUUUAUUAACCCCCAAGUAAGAGUAUUCUUAGGAUCUUUGAGAAUUUUGAUUUGAGAUGCCCAUUCAAUCUAAGAGAGAACUUUGUCUUGCCCCCUGGCUUUCUUUCAUUCCUUGUUCUGAGAAGCCCCGAAGAAUAAAAGACAGUAUUUCUUUCCUCUACUGUAUUAGUUCUACAAAUAAAGAAGACCUCAGUCAUAUCUUCAUAGUUAGAUUCACCAUUGGUUAAACUAUCUGUUUCAUACAGUUUGUGUAUGUAAGUCUGUUUUCCAUCCUGUUUGCCUUCCUCUAACCCUGUCCCGUGUGCCCUUAGUUUACUUUUUUACGUGUUGCUGCUAAGCCACAAUAUAUUCUGUACUUUGAAGGUCCUGAAAAUUACCCCCAUUUAGCUCUUUAAUACUUUAUAGAUUUCUUUCCCAUUGCAGGGGUAAAAUUAGGUGAACAUCAAGGCAGAGAAAUAUUUAUACAUGUCGGUCAGCAUGGGUUAAGACCACAUCACACUUCUGUUGAGAGAGACUAGAAGAGAUGGAAUCUUUUCUCUCAGAAGACAUUGGCUCUAUGAUACAGAACAAGGCCAUUGAGAGAAUCAUCUCCCCAAUGACUGUUCAGCUCUGCCAUCUGAUCAUUUCGAUGGAGAAGAAAGACACGGAAAAUGAAGCAUUUGCCUGUUUGGAGAAGAUGGCGGAAGAAUUGGCCCAAGCUAGUGAAGACUUUGUGCAUGUUGCCAAAAGGCUGGCAGGAGACUCUGAGGAGGAGUGGCUCUGGGAGGAAAUGAGGCCUACUGCUGAGUCUCUGGUCCUGUCUGGGAGGAACAUCGUGCUGGUGGCUCAGAAGCUCCAUCUUCAGCCGGGAUGUCAAAGCCACCAGGAGGAGCUAGUGACUACAGCUCAGCAGAUCCUGGUGGACACCACAAAGGUCCUGCUCCUAGAAGACGCGGCGAUGGCGAGGAAGAUAGCGCGGGCGGCGGGUUGGUGCCUGACCUGCCUGGACGCGCUGGAGGACGCGGACGACGCGGCCUCGCUGCGCGGCCCCUUCGCCGACCUGGCCGCCGCGCUGCUACGCCUGGGCCGCCUGACUGCGCGCGGGCCCGGGGAGCGCCUGGACCACGCCGGCCGCCUGCUGCGGGGCUGUGUCCCCGCGCUGCUCGAGGCCGCCCGCGGCCACCUGCAGCGCCCUUGCGACCCGCAGCUGGCCGCUUCCCAGCGCCACACUUUGGCCCAGACCAGGAAGACCCUAGGCGAGCUGCUGGCGCAGCUGGAGCCCGGCGCCGCGGCCCCAGCGGCCAGCGCCCAGACCGGCGCGCUCACCUGGCGCCUGCGGCGGCUGCGCGAGCUUCUGUCGGCGCCCGGGCACGAGCGCAUGCGCGGCGGCCCUCUAGACGCCCUGUUGGCGGCCGUAGUGUGGCACUGCAUGCGUCUGGCCGCUUGCUCCGCACCGCCGGAGAGGCUGCGCCUGGUGGCCCGCUGCGGCCAGCUGCUGGAGCUGCGGAGCGCCGGGCGCCUGGGUCGGAUCGACAGGCAUCCGGGAGAAGGCCGGGCCUCCGGGAGCCUGGAACCCGGGCAGGAGUGUGCGGAGCUGCAGGCCGCCACUGAGGCCCUGUGCCAAGGAGUCCGCUCUGGGCUGCUGCACCAGAUCCUGGACACGUUCACUGACACGCAAAGCCCUCUUCAACGACUGGUCCAGGCCGCCUUGGCCACUCGCCCAGUCAGCUCCCUGUGCGAUGGCCAGGCCCUGCCAAAGAAUCUCCAGCUUUUCCUUGCUGCUUUCCGUGACCAGGCCGAGCAGAUGCUCAGAGUGGCUCACUUGGUCUUGGUUUGCUGCCCUCGACAACAAACUGGCAAAGACAUGGAGGUCACCAUGGCAGGCCUUUGGGGGCUUGUGGUCAGAGUGCAGCAACUUUUCUCACAAAGUCCCCAAGGAUCUGGUCUGGACUGGAGCCCAGCUGCCUUGCAGGCCCUGCUUCAGGCAUGGACCAGGGCAUCGGAAGGCCUGUUGGCAUGUUUUGAUGACGUUCUCAAUAUUCCUGAGUUCCUGAGUGUGUCCAUUCAAGAAAUGACCAAGCACUUGGACUUCUUUAGAUGGGCUUUGAUAAAGGGAGAUUCCAGAGACUUUCCCCAACUUGUGGCAUAUUUACAGGGUCGGGCCACUCACAUAGUGCAGGUGAUGAGCAGGUAUGUGGACCAAGAUCGAGAUCCCAUUUUCCGGAAUGGCCUGAGAGUCUUGAUCCAGCAGCUGGAGCAGUCUUCCCUGUUCCUGAGUGCAGCUGCUGAGUGCUGUUUGGGUGGGCACAGUGCUCAGGACACAGAGGUAUUUUUAACCAUGGCACAACAUCUGAUCUGUUCAGCCCAGAGCAUCCAAGAAGGGCUGGAUGGGACUAACCACCCAGAUAUCCUCAGCCCGCUUCGGGACCAAGUCCAAAGGUUUGACACUGCUAAGGAACAAACUUAUUUUAUUCUCCCCAGCCUCCAGGACUCCACAACUCCUGCACUGGAACACCAGGGAGAACCUGGGUUGGGGGAAAGCAAUUCAGGCAUCUCCUAUCCACUGAGGAACAAUCUUUCCCACCCUUUGAUUCCUGACAGGUAUCUACAGAGUGGGGACCCUCCACUACCAGCCAUCAGCAAAUUCAUCAUUGCUGUAGAGAGCCAGAGCCACCAGGCAGUGACCACAGCUAGCACCAACCUGCAGGAACAAAACGCCGCUGUGGAUGCAGCUCAAGAGGCCUUGGCUGGGGAGGGACCACUGGGGUCAGAGGGGAUGCCUGGACUCCAAGAAAUCCCAACACUAGCACCUUCUAUUGUUGACCUAGGAACAGAGAUAGAACCUUGCACGACUGCUAGAACCGGCGGGCUUCCGGAAGUGGCUCUCCAGCUGUCUGGGAGACCCAGGGAAACCGGGCAGGGCUUGGUAGCCAGGGCUGGUGACUGGUACCCUCUGUGUCAACAGCUCUUUUGUCACAACCCAGCAGGUGAUCUUCUAGGGAACAUGGCAGUGUUCAUGGAGCUGCAGCAGAAUUUGGCCUCAAUGGUUCAACUAGCAGCCAAAAGUGAGCCUGUGGAUUGGGGUAAGAAGGACCCUGACUCAGCUGGGCGUCCAGAAGCACUUUUACAAAUGCAAGGCAGAUUGGAGGAGGUGCAGACCCAUGCUAAACAGCUGUUGGACAAGGUUCUGGCUUUCGAUAGCCUCCAAGCCCCUACGUCAUGGGACGAAAGCUUUGAGGAUGGGUGCCUUCGAUGGUCAGUGGCUGUCCAAGACCUGCUCCAGUGCAUGGAGAGACUCAGCAGGAGACAAGGCCUGUUCUUACUGCCCCUGCGGCGGGCCGUGAAGGACCAGCAGGGACUGCAGGAAGAGUUGGCCCAGGCAGCAGCUGUUUCUCAGAGGCUACUAGAGGCUGCCAGGCUGUCUGGCCUCCUGUGUGGGGACGCGCAGAUAAAAUGUGAGGUCUCAUUUUUGUGCAGGGAAAUCCAUGUGCUCACAGAUGCUCUGCUGGAUGUGGCACAGAUCCUGGCCUCCUCCCCCAAACCAUCUCCCAGUCUGUCCACACGCUUUGAACUCCUCUGCUUGGAGCUCUCCUUUCAAGCCAAGGCCCUCACUGGCCACCUCAGCAUCAUCAACGCAGACUAUGAACAUGUCUUCCAAGAUGCCUUCUAUCCAAGGCUCUCUGUCUGUAAAGAACCUCAGGCCAGGCCAGAAAGCUCCCUGGAAAGAAUGGUGUCUGGUAUCCAAGCUGCACAGGGAAUUGUGGCAGGAAGUCAAGAGCCUGGGCCCUGCCAGGAGGACCUUCUUAGGGCUCUGGAGAGCAUUUUUGUCCUCACCCAGGAGGUGGCCCAGAGGGUCCCAGUGCUCCAAGAACACUCAGAGGAGUGGAGAAUGCACACCCUGGACUGGCUUCAGUGGGAGUGGGCAGCCAAAGCCCAUCAUGCCAUGGCCCAGCUCCAGGCCUGGAAAGGUGGUCACACCAAGGCCUGGGCACUCUUGGCCCAGUGCCUGAAGCCCAGUGAUGAGACGGCAGUGAUGAAGCCCAGGGAUGAACAGGCCUCUGCCCAGCCCCAGCUCCACUGUGAGGAGGGUGCCUCAGGAGCUGUUGCAGUGGGCAGUGUGGAUUCUCGGGGUGCUGCCCCAAAAGACACCCCAGGGAACUCAGGGGGGGCCUACACUGUGGACCCAGACGUCACUGGGACAAUUGCAGCAGACCUGGACACGGAGCAGCCGCACAGCCCAGCACCUGGCUCCACAGGCCCACUGGCCUGGCUGGGCCCUGAGCCGGACCAGCUGCUCCCGGAGGAUGGCGGCGUGGAAGGGGGGAGCAGGAUCAUCCAGAUUACCCGCGAGAUGGCUACAGAGGUGCUCCUGAUGGCUCAGAGUCUGAGGAGGAGAGGACCCGUCUUGACCAAAGAUCAGCUCAUUACCUCUGCUAGGAAAAUCGCGGCUUCUGGACAAAAGUUCGCCAGACUUAUCCGCAUCAUCGCCAAGAACUGCAUAGAUCAAAGAUGUUCCCGGGAGCUUUUGUGUGUGGUAGACCAGAUUCAAACAAUGAGCAACCAGCUCCGCAUCAUCUCCAGUGUAAAGGCCUCUCUGGCAAGAAGCAGGUCCUCUGAAGAGCUCCUGCUGGAAAAUGCCCAACAGCUCCUCCGGGCUGUGUCCAAGACGGUGAGGACCACAGAAGCUGCAAGUCUGCGAGGCUUGAGACAGCCUUCCUCAGAUCCAGAAGAACUGGAAGUUGCUGCCUUCUGUGUGCAGUGGAGAAGAAAACUGCUAAGGCACAGACUCCGAGAAACUUCAAACCUGGACUAUGAUGAGCUGGGCCUGCGAAAAACAAGCACAGAAGGGCCCCCAACAUUAGCAGCCCUGGUUCCAGAAGCAUUCUAAAGACUGAGAAAUACUCUCUGAGUCAGACUGUCUGUUGAUGUGUGCCUUGGCCCUGAGAUGGGCAGCCCAGAGUGGGGAGUGACUCUUAGGCUGAAAUAGGCUCACAUUGUAGAACCUUCUACAUGGGGGUUGGGCAGGUGGGGGGGGGCGGGGACAGGGGCUAGGCCUUGCACAGAGCUGCCUUGGCAGUCCUCCCAGUGAGGGGGAAUGUCCCUGGGCCCCUGGUGAGGCUGAUCCCCUGGGAAUGAUACUUCAGUUUCUGGGCUUAGAAGGAACAUCACAUAUAGACUGUAGGAGGAGGGGGAAAAACAUCGACGCCCUGUUAGCUUAAGCCUUUAUUAAGGUGUUGCAAAGUAAGAACAGUAUCAGUUGUGCAGGAAGCCAGGUACUAAAAGAUGUGUAGGUUACACUGGGGAGGUCAGUCAAGUUCAAGGUAUGGGGAAACUGAAGUUUGUGUUAGCCUGGGAUGAGCUCCCUAUAAGGACUGGUUUGCGUGGCUACUUGAAGAUUGGUUUGCAUUUUCUAGGAUUUUUAUUAAACUGGAAUCAUGUAA